AUGUCAAGCGAAGAAGAAAAUCAGGAAUUUCCAUUCUUGGGUGUUGCUUAUCAGUUUAUUGAAUCUGAAAAUAUUGAGAGUAUUUAUGAUGCAUUGGGAUUUUCUGGACGUUUCGACCAUAGUUACAUGAAUUAUGAUGAAUGCACGGUCGUACUGAGUCGAGGAAGUGACGCUUGCUGGUCUGCCGAGCAAUAUUACACUUUUGGAAGUAUCUGGUUACUCAAAAGAAGAAAAAAAUUCAGACCCGGAGAAGUGUUUCGAGAAUUUGUUCCAAAAAAUGGAAAAUCUGCUGGUUUCAUUGAAUUCGAUGGAAAUCGAAUUCUACAUCUUGUACAAGGAGAAAAAACCAUUGAAACGAUGCGAGUUUUUGAUGACAAUGAAAUGAUCACGACAAUUAAAGUAGAUAAUAUGGUGGCGAAAAAAUAUUACAAAAGGGCAGAAGUAACAACGAAAAGAAAUAUUUUUAAAGCAUUUUUAAAACGAUUGAAUUCAACCAAUUCACUACCGAAAAAACCUCCUGCUGAAGAGAUAAAUGUUCAAAAAGUCAAGCUAAAAGCAUCCGAUCUUAGAAGACUUUUAUCAUUAGCUAAAUCAGAGAAAUGGAAAAUCAUCGCUGCGAUCGGUUGUUUAGUGAUUUCUUCAUCUAUAACCAUGGCAGUUCCAUUUGGUUUAGGAAAGAUUCUUGAUAUCAUAUACUCAAGUGAAUCCGCAAAUGACAGUGGCAUUGCUAAAAAUAAAUUAAAUCAAUUUUGCCUAUUUUUAAGCGUUAUUUUUAUCAUCGGUGGUGUAACCAAUUUUGGACGUGUUUACUUAUUUAAUAAUGCAUCUUUAAGAAUAACAACGAGACUGCGACAAAAUCUUUAUGACCGAAUGAUGAAACAAGAUUGCACCUGGUUUGACACAAAAGGAACUGGAGAACUUGUUAAUCGAUUGUCAACUGAUACGUACAUGGUUGGUAACUCAUUAAGUCAGAAUUUAUCUGAUGGUCUUCGAUCAACAGCGAUGGUCAUUGCUGGAACAGGAAUGAUGAUUUAUACAUCUCCAAAUCUUGCACUUGUGGGGAUGUGUGUUGUUCCUUGUGUCGCUGGUGGAGCAGUGAUUUAUGGUCGAUUCCUUCGCAAUAUUACUCGAGAGUAUAUGGACAAAUUGGCAGAAGUUAUAAAAAUAAGCGAAGAACGAAUUGGUAAUAUUAGAACUGUAAAGAUUUUCAGUCGGGAAAACUUUGAAAAUAAACUUUUUACAAAUGAAUUAAUGAACAUGCUCGCAAUUGGAUAUCGUGAAACAAAAGCACGAGCGAUAUUUUAUGGAAUGACAGGAUUAUCGGGAAAUGCAAUCAUAAUGUCGGUUCUUUAUUAUGGUGGAACACUUGUGAACGAAGGGCAAAUGACAAUUGGAGCAUUGACAAGCUUUAUAUUAUAUGCUGGCUACACUGCCAUCUCUUUAGGAGGCUUAAGUAAUUUCUAUACGGAACUGAAUAAAGGCGUCGGUUCAGCUACGAGAAUUUGGGAGAUUCUCGAUCGAACUCCAAUUAUUCCAACUCAUGGUGGGCUUAUUCCAGUUGAAAAACCACGAGGUGAAAUUAUAUUUGAUAACAUUUCAUUUAAUUAUCCGACACGAGCUGAUGCUGAUGUACUGAGAAAUAUGAAUAUGAAAAUUGAGGCUGGAACAAUAACUGCCGUUGUAGGACGAUCAGGGUCAGGAAAAUCUUCAAUUGCUUCACUUUUAAUUCGACUUUACGAUCCACAAAGCGGAAAAAUUUAUCUCGAUGGAAGAAAUCUUAAAGAACUUGAUCCAUCAUGGUUGAGACGGAACAUUGGAACUGUUAAUCAAGAACCUGUUUUAUUUAGUGGAACUAUAAGGGAAAAUAUUCUUUAUGGACUUGAAGAAAAUCAAACAAUAUCAGAGGAAGAUUUUCAACAAGUCAUUGAAGAAGCUCACGUCUCUGAUUUUGUGCAAAUACUUCCGGAUGGGUUAAAUACUGUUGUUGGACAACGUGGCAUGAUGUUGUCCGGUGGUCAAAAACAACGUGUGGCAAUUGCACGAGCAUUAAUUAAGAAUCCGUCAAUCUUAAUCCUCGAUGAAGCAACAUCAGCACUUGACACGGUUUCCGAACAAUUAAUUCAAAAAGCACUCGAAAAUUUAACAAAAGGGAGAACUGUUCUAACAAUAGCACAUCGUUUAAGUACUAUUAGGAAUGCAACAAGUAUUGCCGUACUUCAAGAUGGUAAAAUAAUUGAACAAGGAAACUACAAUCACCUUAUGACGACUACAAAUGGAGUUUUUAGAGAACUCGUUGAACGACAGACAUUCGCAUCAAGUAAAAGUUGAUUUGCUGCAAUAAGCUUUAGCAUAAAACAUAAUAAAUGUAAUGACAGGGGUUUGAAUAAAUAUUCAGAAAUUAAUGUUAAAAAUUGUUCACAUUCAUAGUAAAACUAAUUUUGUUUUAUUUAUUAAAAUAGUUUUCAUCUACAAAAAAUUCGGUUAAAACUUUUUAAACAAAAUUCAUUGCUGUUAAUUUAAAUUAAAAUUAAUAAUAAUAAUCGUCAGAAGAACAUUUCUAGUUAUAAGUUUAAAUGUUUAUGUCAAUUAAUGCAAAAUCUUCCGAUCAUAAAUUAAAGUUGCAUUGAGUUUUUAUUUAAA